AUGUAUCUCCUGGUUUAUGUUGAUGACAUCAUUCUCAUCAGUUCCUCUGACGCUGCUGCUGAUCGCCUUGUGACUGCUCUCAGUGAUAACUUUGUUGUCAAGGAUUUAGGUGCACUGCAUUUCUUCCUUGGUCUGGAGCCUGCACCGUCGUGUGAGCUCUCAGCUUUCUCUGAUGCAAACUGGGUUGGUAGUCCUGAUGACAGGCGAUCCACGGGGGGAUAUGCGGUAUUCCUUGGUUCUAACUUGAUCGCCUGGAAUGCUCGUAAGCAGGCCACAGUCUCUCGCAGUAGUACUGAAGCUGAGUACAAAGCUGUUGCUGAUGCAACUGCUGAGAUCAUAUGGCUUAUAGCUGCGCAGUUUUUGUUUUAA